UCCCCAACAAGCUGGAUAGAAAUCGAGGAGUAGCACUUGUACGUGGGAGCGCUUUAAUCUUGAUUUUUAAAGGAAUAGCUAACCUGAACCUAGACUUAUUUCAACAUUUCUCAACACAUAAUCCUUAAAAGCUAAAUGUGGACUAUUUAAAUGCAGGGCAUGGUAUUUGGGAUAUGCUAAAACCUUAUUUCUGACUCCUGUCUCUCAGCAACAGACCUCUGGCUGUCUCAAUUUUGGCCCUGGCUCGACUCGACUGACAUUUCUGCAAAGGGCUUCGGUUCAUGGUGAUAUUUUUACUAAAUUCUCGGGUUGCUGGGUGUCGUUUUUGUCAUCUGAAAAAGGUAACUAAGAUCUGUUCCUUCAACACAAUCCUGUCUCGGAGCUCUACGGACAAUUCCUUCGACCUCAUGGCUUGGUUUUGAAUUGACUUGACCACAGAUGGACUCCCAAGUUGUAGAAACAUCUCAAUGUUGAUCAAUGGAAACCGAAUGCACCUGAGUUCAACUUCGAGUCUCAGCAAAGGGUCUGAAUACUGAUCUAAAUAAGGUUGGAAUAUAUGGGACAGUGUCUGCUCUUAUCCGUUAUCAACUCUGGGAUGAUGUCAUGCUGACGGAUCCUGCAACUAUGAGUUCUAAGGUCGCAGCAGCUGCAGUUAGUGUCAGCCAGAACUCACGUCAUCAUAUCAUGACCAGAUCCAUCCAGAUUUGUCCAAUAGCAGAUUCUGUGAACUGAAAGUGAAACGUCUCCAUUGGUCUGUGAGAGAGGUAGCUUGGGCAACUCUACUUCAAGUUCCCUCAGACCACUCAUCCCAAUGUCCCCAAGUCCCCCCACCACUACCAUGGCCUCCUCACAAAGACAUUGAUGAAAAUGGGGUUUUAAACAUGUCAACAAUAAACAGGAUGGGGACGAAGGGCCUCAAAAGUCUGGUUCCACAGUGAACCUGUCCACGGAAGAGGCAGGCGACGGUGUGAUUGGCAGUUGGCAGUUCCAUCAGCGAAGCUGUUGUAGCUCAUCUACUCCUGGUUGGUCAAUUUACUUCUGAGAGACCCCAGGAUGACGCACACUAGUCUGAGCUCUCUGACAAACUUGUGAUAUCUCACAUCGCAAGGGUGUAGUUGUGCGGACCUAAGGAGUGGACAAUGAACAGAACAAAGGAGGGGCUGUGUGCUGAGGGGAAGCCGCCCCCGGCUGAAGUCCCUAUAGGUUGGCAGCGCAGAAUCACCCACAGCGGGGUUGUCUACAUAAGUCCCAGUGGCUUAGUCCUAGCCUGUCUGGAGCAGGUGAAGAGCUACCUGCUGACUGAUGGCACCUGUAAGUGUGGCCUGGAGUGUCCUCUCAUCAUUCAUAAGAUAUUCAACUUUGACACCGGGGCGGCUGUCAAGCAGAGGACUGCUGAGGAUGCCAGAGCCGAUGCGAAUGUCACCAAGCUGUGUAUCCACAAGAGGAAGGUCAUCACCGUGGCAACCCUGCACAGGAGCAUGGAGUCAACACACCCCGCUCUGGCCAGUCAGGGUGUUGGCACUGGCACUGCAGCUAUGGGUCCUUUGAGUCAUCAAGCAAUAAGGAACAAUAUGCACAAUGGUCCACCCAACUCUGUGGCUCAUGAUGGCAGGAAUCCCAACAAGACAGGAAUGUCAGUAUCUGGUCAACAGUACUAUAACCAUGAACUGGGUUCUCCCCCUCAGAGGGAUCUGUACUUGGGGUACAGCAGGACAAGGCUGGGGGGCAGCGAACACAGUAGCCAACAACGGUCACCCUAUCACAGCCGCCACCGUGUCCUGCUCAGCCCCUCCUCCUCCACCUCAUGUUGCUCACAGCAUUAUGGUGAUAGGGUUCCCUCCCCAAGGACUGAACCUCUGGGGAGUCCUGACCCCAAUAUGCUUGGUUUUCAUGGAGCUUGCAGCCCAGGCUCUGUCCAUAUGAACGGUGAUCGUUUUACCCGUCUCUCACCACCCAGUAUCCUGCACCACGGCUCGCCUUCGGCCUCCCAGCCCUCGUGUGCCAUGUCAGAAAGGACUAAUGUACCAAAUUCCCCUGCCGUCAAUGCCAAAAGCCUCAAUAUGCAGAAGCCCUCCUGCAGCUUCCCCCACGACUUUCAACACAAGCCCCAGCCUGCAUGCCACCCACAGUCGCACUUUUCCCUGUCUCAGCUCCCUCCCUGCAUCCUGCAAAAAAAGCAGGUGACCUCUGAGAAGGACCCUCUUGGUAUCCUGGACCCAAUUCCAAGCAAUGCUCCUAACCAGGGUCCCUUAGUGCCAAACAUAUCUGGCCUCCAACACAAUGCCCAAUCUCAGGUACCACCAAUGAAUGUAAACAUCCCCCCUGCCAGUGUCCCUUUGCCCAGCAACCUGCCCUUGCCAACUGGGAAGUCUGGACCUGUUGGGCAUGGCCAUAGGGUCCAGCACCACCCUACCCUGUCAUCCGCCUCAUCCUCACCUAUCAUGUCCCCAGCACAUAUGGCUGGGCCUGUCCUCGCCAAGGUGGAGUCACCCCACCGCUCACGUUGCUUAUCCAGUUCUUCUGAACAUGGUAGCUUCGCUCACCCCACGGGGCUCCAGGUUCCUUGUGGGGUUUCAAAGCCACUUCCCCGGUCUUCUCAGGCCUCAUCGGGGUCCCCUCGACCUGCAAUGCCACGAAGUUCUGCAUAUAAGAUGGACAAACUCCAUCACUUGAACGAUACCCCCAACCAACUGCCAGGGGGGAUGAACAUUGGUCUAAGCAGGCAUCCCAACUCCAUGUACCGUCCAGCUCCCGGAUCUGAUAGUAUCCUUCAAAAGAAUCACUCGGUAGGUAUGCCCCUUAACCAGAUGUUAGAUCAGCAGAAUCCUGCUUCCUUCCCAGCAAGUAGUCUACUUUCAGCAGCAGCGAAAGCACAGCUAGUAAAUCAAAACAAACAUACCGACAGCACAUUGGAUGCAAACGCAGAGGCUCGCAGUAGCAGCAGUUUGGGACACCCAGGGCUAGUUGGUGGAGGCAGAGGUCGGAACCUAGAUGGACACAGCACUUUAAACCAGAGAUAUCUACCUAAUCCUGGGCCGUUGGCGAGCGAAUUUCAAAGCGGAAGAGCAGCACUAAGAGACAAACUCAUGGGUAUGGUUCAGCAGAGAGAGGCAAAUCGCAAGCGCAAACUAUCCAGUGAUGGCAGCAGUGGUGGCAUCAACAAUGACAGGGCUUUCGACGUGCUCAAGCAUCCGAUGGGUGGCUCUGGAUCUAGUUCAUCUAGCUUUCCAGUGACAUUGAGGAGAAUGUUGCAGCAGGGUUGUUUGCCCCCAAACACCUCCAUGGCCCAGCUACUCCAGUCCAUGAGCCACCAAAGUGCCCACAAUGGGCCAAGCCAUGUGGGCCAAAGCCCGGCCAGAUCUGGCAAAUCUCCCUUCUUGGAGGAAGCUUUGCCUCAGAUGUCGACUUUGCAGCAGAGCUUGCAGGGGCAUCAUAUCCAGGGCAGAGCGAAGAUCCGUGGCUUCCAGAACAUGAACAGUGAAGGUCAGAUUUCAGGCCAGGAUCUAAACAUGGAGCAGUUCAACAGGCCAAUAAACCAAAUGCAGGACCCCGCCUUAACUGGAAACUUUGAGGUGUUGGGUUACAAUGGUGGACAACAUGCAGCCAUUGGGUCGAUGCAGGGAAACCCAAACCCUCACCAACAGCAGCAGUUUGGACUUUAUCAGAAACCAUCCCAGGCGCAAGGCAACCCCCAAAUCAGAGGCAGGGCAGGAUUGCCUCCCAUGAUGUCCAAUGGCGGGGUCCAAGCCCUCUCUGAGUCAGGUGAGGUCAGUAGUUCUCUGAGCUGUGAGCUGAGGCAGGCCCGAGAGGAGAGUCUUCAGUCUCUCAUCAGGAACAGCCAGGCCCAUACACUGCAACAACAGAGACAGCACCCACUUGUUCAGGGCCAACAUCAGGGUCUGUCCCAGGGUCCGGGUAAGCACUCCAUACAGGGCCAGCUGCAGCACAGAUUCCAGUGCCAAGGCUCCCACCCUGAUGCCCCUCGCCCUGAUGAUGCCUCCUCCAACCCCAUGAACAGCCUCCUUCAGAGCUUCCAGGUAGAUUUGCCUGAGACGAUUCCACUGCCAAACAGAACUAUGAUGAGUCGACCGGGGAUGAUGUCCAUGUCCCAACCCGGUGCCCCUUGUCUCCAGGAGGGUCAUCAAGAAUACCAGGCUGCCCAGGACCUUUCAGGUGGUGGGGGAGAAGUUAUUGAUACCAUCCACAGGGCAGCGAUGGGCACGGCCAGCAAGAGCACGUUUAAUGUCAUCACAUCAACAGGUGCUAGCGGUACCUUCGCUGCUUCUGUUUUCGGCGAGCCUGUCGACCUCUCCCAUGCGGUUAACUCUGUCAUUCAUGGCCCCCUUCGCUCAUAUCAGGAGCCAGUGCCAGAGCCCCGACACCAACCCAAGGUGGGUCGGCCACGCAAGAAGACACCUGACAGGAACAACAGCUUCUCCCCUGUUGCUAUGGAAGCUCCUGCCAGAUUCCACUCGCUGCGACACGGAGCCCAGAGAAGACAAUGGGAUGGGCAGGCGGAGGGCCAGGAGCAGGCUGGUCUGUGGCGUAAUGACAAGCUCCUCCAACCGCUUUCCUUAGCCCAGAGCAGAAACGGCACCUACCCAGAGAGGCCCAAAAGUCAGGCCCAGGUGCACUUAGGCCCUCAGGAUCAAACAACACUGCACUUCCCCAGUCACUUGUAUGCCCAUAUGAACGGCAACGGUAGGGUCCUCACCUCGGGAAGACUACAUUCCAGACACCCCGGCCUGUCCCCUGGUUCGUCCUCUGUCCCACCAGAGGGCCUUUUUACCAAGGAUUACAGCCACUACAACGAACAUCUGAACGGCCAACUCAAUAGGAACCACUACAAUGGGCAUUACAAUGGGCACCUGAACGGGAGCCUGAGCGGCGAGGAAGACCUGAGGCCUGGGGACUCUCCCUCCUCCAGUGAGGGGCUCCCGCUCCACCACAAGCCCAGAACUCCGGCCCACUACCCGGGAGAUCCACUCUGGGGCCAGGGCAAAGGCUUCCCUCCAUGGCCAGGCAAGAUUGGGAGCGAGGGGCACAUGUACUCCCCUGGGAUGGUGAAUGACAUGCAGGGAAAGGUAGAGUCAGAGAAGAUCCAGAGGACACUAACAGAGGAUCUGGACACACUACAUAAAGCAAACAAGAUAACUAGAAAUGGUCGAAAAUGGAAUAACCACCUAGAGGCUGCUAUACAGGAGGCUAUGUGUGAGCUGGAUAAGAUGACAGGCAAUAUAUCACAGAGAGACAGACAAGUCAAGACCACUAAACCCAAGAGGAGGAAGAUCUCCAGAUGACAGUAAAUGUGUGGACCCUUUGGUGUCCUGCUGGGUAGCGGUCCAUCUAGCCAAUGGGUCUUGUGUAGCCGAUGUGGAAUCGCUAGCCAGUGUGUGCAAUAGUAGUGACCAUUGUCUUCUCUUUUGCAUCAGCUUGGUACUUAGUCCAACUGGAUUAGUGCUACAAUCAGUCAACCCUCCCACCUUGACCACCACCAAGACACCGACAGUGAAGAAAAUACAAGAAAGGAUGGAGGAACCUAGCUGCAAAAUAAUAGCUGUGAUAUAUCCACAGCUAGCUUGUCCUUAUGGAAAAUGAGAUUCUACAUAUAAGGAAAUAGUUGGUCCAAAUAUUUCUGAUGCAUUUUAGAUUAUGCACAUAGACAAAGGAAAACAGUACAACAUUAUUUUCAGUGGUUAAUUGUAUAUAGUGUUCAGUUUUGUCGUUGAUGAGUUGACUUAAUGCUAAUUUCUUAUGUACAUAUCAAUACAAAACUAUAUCUGGUUCUCCAAUGUUUUUAUUUUUCACAAAACGGUGAGGCCAGAAAUGUCAUUUUUCAAAAGAAAAGCAGCAUAAAGGAAUUUCUUCUACAGAUCUAUUGAAACAUGCUGUUAAGCAUUGAACAGCUGAAGGAUUAUAAUGUUGAACUUCAACAGACACUAUAUUGUCAUUUGCAUGCAGCCAGUAAGGAUGAUCUUGUCCUGCUGGGAAGGCAUACAAUGUGAGUCCCAAGAAAAGGAAAUUGGAAGACUUGAAGAUAGACCCACAGUAUAUCCUUUAUCUGAACAUAGGACAUGCAAAUACUUUCUCUUUGUCUUACGUUUCCUUUUCUUUGUUCUUGUUUUAUCCAUGUUAUCCAAGAAAAGAAAAAGCCAUCAAGGGAAGGAGUCUGAAAUAUGCCUCUAAGUUACAUUAUUUGUACUCCCAAAGUAAAAAUGUAUUUUCUCUGAAUAUUUUUGAUAAACAGAUUUCCUGUGUUAUAUCUGCAAAAUGACUUUGACAGUAUGUGUUUGUUCAUUUAAAAAAAAAAAAUAGUUAUUGUAAAGUAUAGACUAAUUUCUGUGGUAUACAGUACAUGCAUUCUGAAAUGAAGUAUUCAAUAGCAACAGUUGUAAUAUACAGUUCUGCCACUAGUGUUUAAUCUACAAUUAUGUUCAUAUUUAAAUGGUGCAAAAAGUAUUAAGCUGUUUAUUUUCUCUAUCAUAUCAUGUAAUUGAGCAUUUCUCUGUGUUUUACCCUUGAAUGUGUCAUUUCAAGGGUCAAAAUGCCUUAAUAGUAAGGACUGCACAUUUACAGGCCAGAAGAGAUCAGUAGUAUACUCAUUGGUUUUCUUUGCUCUGCAAAACCAUUUUAAACGACCCAAGAAAGUAUGAGUGAACUUUGAUCCGAGCCUUAUAUCCAAUGCUACAAUCCCCAGCUGCCAAAGCUAUGCCGUAUCACAAGUUAGGACUUUAAGUUUCUAUUAUUUAUCUUUGGAAUAUUCUAUUGAAUUAGUGGCCUUCAUUUUGUUAAUUUUCAUUGUUUUUUGCUUUUAUACUUUAUAAUUUAUUUAUGAAUCACAUAUUUAUUUGUAGAUAUACAUUGGUUACUUAGCAAUAAUACUAAUGAGAGUUGUACGCUCUGAAAAGCCUUAGAGUAUUAUAUAUUUUUCUCUUAAAACAAAUGAACAGCCUAUAUAUGGAUAAAUAUUCCAUCAGUAGUUUAUAAGUAUACAUUUAUAUAUUUGUGUUUAUUUAUGAAGUGUACAAUUUUAAACACCCAGUAUGUGCAUAUAGUGUUCUUUUUUUCUUACUUGUGUCAACACUGAGUAUAUACCCACGGCCUGAAGAAAUUGUAAAAUGUUAAUUUUAAAAGAGUGAACUUCAUUUUCUGUACUUAAUACCCUGACUCAGGAGGGGCACCUUCUGAUUUGAUCAGUCGUCUUCUGAUUUGAUCAGUCGUCUUCUGAUUUGAUCAGUUUUGUGAAAAUCUGAAAUUGUAAAACUGACAAUUUCAGUUGUACUGAAAACAUGUACAUGUUUGUCUAAUUUUUAUUAUUUAACAUACAAUAUCAAGUCAUCUGUGUUCAAUCCUAACAGAACAAUCCGGCAUCCUAAAAUGUAAUACUCGUUUUAACACUUGGUAACCUAGCUAUGUCAUCAACAUUAUAUGCAUUUUGUUUAUAAUUAUAUUGCACUCUUAAUCCUAAAAUUGGGGGUAUAUGAAGAGCCCACCCACUAGUCCAUGGACAAAGUAAAUGUUUAUUUAUGUCUUCCAUUUCAAACUUGUUGUCCAUUGUAGUGAUCUUGAGUGAUUGUGUUUAAUGGAAUAAAUGUUUUGCCCUCCUUAUUGAAACAAAAUAUAUUCUAAUAUUGUUUUUGAAUGAGUUAUUUAUUGAAUGUGGUUAAAAAACAUAUGGUAAAAGCUGAGUGGCCCACGUUGUUUUUGAUGGUUUUACAGUGGGAAAAGAUUUUACAUUUUUGUAAAGUAUUUUAAUUUUAAAUGUGAUAUGCAUUGUUAGUCAAUUAGUAAUGUAACAGUUACAUAAUUUAGCACCAACAUCAAAGUAUCUUUUGUACUUAGUUUUCAGUACAUCUUUCUGAAUACAUAACAGCUGUAGCAAUUUCCUUUCCUGCUUCUCUAGCAGAAAUGUUUUACAUUUAGAAAAGUGUGCCUGAAAUUACACGCAGUAAAAGGUGGUUAUUAUGCUUUGUUCAAAAUCUUUUAAUGGUGUUUGUUCGAAAGGGAUUUACAAAUUUGACAAAGUAUUGCAUUCAUUUUGCAAUUAAAAAAAAGUAUUCUAUCAA